AUGAUUCUUCUUCGCGUCGUGAAGCGACUUGGGCGACGGCUUCUGACACAAAGCUGGCCUGCAAUUCUUUGCGCCUUAGCUGGCACGCUCCUAACAUGUGUCCUGCUUCUGUACCUCACACUUGCCUAUUAUCUGGCUGAUGACCCACGCCUGGUACCGGAUGGGUUUCGACAUGCUCGUCGGCCAAUGCUUAUCACAGCACACCCAGAUGACGAAACUCUAUUCUUUAGCCCCAGCAUCCUCUACCAUCGACACAAUGAUCCUGUCACGCGCUCCUUGUUGGUGAUCUCUUCAGGAAAUUAUAAUGGGAUUGGUGAAAAGCGCCAAACAGAAAUCCAUAAAAGCUGUGCUGCAUUGGGUAUCUCCACAGAUCACUGUGUGGUCUUGGACCAUCCUGGACUUCAGGAUAAUCCAAAGAAGUGGUGGGAUGAGAAGCUAAUCGAAGAAAUUAUUGCACCAUACGUCCAAAAAUGGAAGGCGGACCUAAUAAUGACGUUCGACCAAGGGGGAAUCUCAGGCCAUAUUAACCACAGAGCUGUCAGUGCUGGCGUCAGGAACUAUGUUGCAACCAACGAGCAUGCACCUCCCGCUUUUACUCUGCAAAGUACUUGGCUAAUACGGAAGUAUUCAUCAUUGAUCGACCUGAUUCCGUCCGCUAUCCCAUUCAUGUGGAAGCUACUCAAGGCUCCUAUAUUACCCGCUACGAUACCAUCGAACACGAAAAUUGGUGAUCGAUCUCUCGUCCCAGGUACAGGGAAGGAGAGGGUACUCAUAGUGAGUUCGUGGCAGACAUAUCUCGAGUCUCGAGCUGCCUUCGGUCAACAUGCGAGCCAGUAUUCAUGGGAUAGAUCGCUAUACUUAGUGAUCAGCCGCUACAUGUGGUUCAAUACAUUGGAAAGAAUCUGA